AGAAGAAACAAAGUAAUGCAUGCAACGCUCAUCCCCAUCCAUUGAGGAUGACGGGUAAUGGUUGGCAAGCCGCUGCAAAGAGCGUAUUCCUCAAGUCGGGGACCAUUGGAAGCGUCGGCAUGCUAGGAACGUACUGGGGUACGAAGGAAAACCUUCGAAUGCAUGCAGAUUAUCCCUUUGUCUUCUUGCUCACGUCUGCGACGUACGGCAUCAACUACAUGGCGAUGAGGCAGGAUCGAUCCAUGGCCAAGGAUACGACGCAACCAAAAUUCUUUCGGUACAUGCACACCGUGAUGGCCUUUCCUCGUCAAGUUGUGACACAUCCCAGUGUGGCCAUCCCCAUCGCGUUUGGCGUUGGCUUUUUGUUUGGAAAACUCACCACCACUACCAAGAGACAACCUUGGUUUUAUUCCGACAAGGCGAAGAAAGGAGAAAUUGCCACUAAGGAAUGAAUGGGUCUUGACUCGGAUAUUUGAACCAUCGAUCAUUCCCUAUUCUCUAUGCCCUACAAUGACUAUUUGUGGACCUCUGAUUGGCGGCCGGGCAUGUAUGGAUAUCGUACUACGCUGGGUCAAGUAGUUCGACUAGCUAUACAGGCCGGGCAGUUGAGCAGAACAGUACUACCGGUAUUAUCAGUUUCCAUUCCUUGUCGAUUUUUAGAGCUUAGAUGAGUCGAGUCUAUGUUGCACGGUUUCUAGGCUACCCCCGAAGGCCAUAAAAUGGACUUGUUUUUGGAACCGAUUCCUUUUUGCCAAAUGUUGCACUGCUGUCAGCCCUGCUAAUCAUACUUAACUAUUUUCAUUAGUACAUUGACGUGGCGCCACAUGAUGAUACCAAUGGGUCGCAAUCCACUUGUCGGAUGU